AUGUGCGAAUGUGUUGCCGUAAUUUCUAGCAAAAACAGCCCAUUGUUUUUUAAAACAUCAAAUCCAGAUGAAUUUCUGUCAAAUCAAUUCCGUGUUUACGGUUCACUCGACAUAGUUGAAGAAAAACUUGCCAGACUCUCUUCGAGGUCGUCUUAUGGUGACAAGGAAAUGACGAACAAUUAUUUGGGAAUGCUGUACCCUAUCGACGAUCAUUAUGUCUACGGAUAUGUAACGAAUACUAACAUUAAAUUUAUCUUAGUUCAGGAAGCUCAUUCUACAGUGAAUGACUUGCUGAAGUCAAACACAGCAGCACAGGUGGACAGUCAGGUGAAAAAGACAUUUGAAACCCUCCACGACGCCUACGUGGACCUUGUCUCCUCGCCCUUCUACAUCCCGAAUACUCCCAUCGAUCCAUCCACGUCUGCUGCCACCAAGAAGUUUGAACGUGUUGUCGAUGAAAUCCUUAAGCGCUCUGCAAACACUAUGAUUUCCAAAUUGUAA